GCAAGCCCUCUCCCGAGGUUUGCCUUAGUCGAUGGAGGGGAAGGAGAGCGUUUUAGAAGCCAUAUACGAAGAGUCGGAGUUUGAGGCCGACGAAGAAACCCUAGACGCCGACGGUCUCCAACAAGAUGUGGAGAUGCUCGAUGCCGAAUCCCUAGACGCCGACCGCGGACCGCCGGCAGGGGACGGCGCCCCCUCGGCCGGAGGCGCCGACGGGGGCCGUGAUCAGGCGGCCGGGGGCGGGUCUCGCUUCAGGAACCAGAGGCGGAGGGCGAGCAAGAAGAAGAACCGGAGGAAGAAGAAGGGCGGCGCUGCUUCCAGUAUCACGGAUAUCAAUAAGUUUGUUAUAGACACAUGCAGGCGCUUGAAAGAGAAGAAGUCAUACUUAGUUUGGAAUGCUGUAGGUUGUCUUGGUGUUUUGGUUGUUAGCGAUCUUGUGAAAGAGGUUGAAGCCAUUCAGAGCUGUGGAGGACAGAAGACUGCUGACGGAAGGCGCUUCCGCACAGGUGGUGGAAUUUUAUGGAGUAUUCUGAAAACACGUGAACCAAAUGUGUACAAAGAAAUCAUGGCAAAGGGGAGGGCAUUUGAGAGGCAAUUUAGGCAUGCAAAAGCACCACAGAUGACAGGCAAGAGUGAAAUAGCUACUUCUCAGAGUACAAAUGCACCUGUUGAGGUAGCAGAAGAAUUGGAUGGUUCAGAGCAAAUGCCAGAUACUCAUCAACAACGUGAAUCAUCUGAUACCAAGAUGGACCGCAAAUCAGUACUGGAUAGGAUAAGAGUGCCAGUUGCUUACGAUGACCUGUUUGAAGAGGGUGAGAUACGGGAAUCUGCCUAAUUUUUUUUAUAAAGGUGGAUCAUCAAUCUUAUUUAACUGUUGAUCAACAUUUUCAAACAGACAUACAACUGGAGGUUUUUCACUUGAGGAGGCCGGACAUUGUGUCUAUUUUGUAGAUUUAAAAGCAUUAAUGUAGAUUGCAUUUCUUGAUGAAA